UUGGCGAAAAAAAAGUAUUGAACACCGAACCUAAGCUCAGUCGCGCGAAGAAGGUUCAAAAACGAGGUUGCAGAAGGAGGUGAACCAUUUUGGGUGGCCGAUCGACGAAUUGAAGGUGUUGAUGGAUUCGGACAAUGCAGAUGUGAAGAAUCUGAUUGAGGAAUUUGGGAACGAUUUGCAUCUGAUUUGAAGAAUCGGAUUCAGGAAGCUGAUGAAAUCUGGGAAUUGUAAGUGUAAUGAAGAAUAGUGAGAGUGUAGACCACUGAUGGCCAAAGAAUAGAGAAGCUACUAUAGUCUAUAAUAUCUUCUUACAAACUAUAUAACAUUGUUCUUCUAAGACAUCAACUCCUUGCUUCUUUCUAUGUUAAACCAUCUCCACCAUGCACUAAGGCACUUUCAUUUGGUUCCGCUACUCUCAUGCAGAAAACAUUAUUACACUCCAAGCCAGAUCUUGUCUUUCUCUACCACCACAACGCCGUGCACACAUGCCUCACCAACUUACCCUCAUACCGACCUCCUCACACUCAGCUCCAAUGUCCAAACCCUUCACCAAACCAAGCAAGUCCAUGCUUCUGCUCUCCUCAAUGGUUUACUUCCCCACAGUGUCUCUCUCUGCGCCUCCCUCAUGCUCAGUUACGCCACUUUCAAAUGCCCGGAAACCUCUCACCAUCUCUUCGAACAAACAGUUCAUCGUUGUUGCACUGCAUUCUUGUGGAACAGCCUCAUACGGGCUUAUUCCAUUGCUCAAGUUAAUGAUAAUUUUCAGACUUACAAUCGAAUGGUUCGAAGCGGUGUUGGACUCGAUGAUCAUACUUUUCCUUUCGUUCUCAAAGCAUGUUCAGACCUUUUGGAGGUAAAAAAAGGGAUGGAGAUUCAUGGGGUUGUGUUUAAAGUGGGCUUUGAUUUUGAUGUUUUCGUUGGAAAUACACUUUUAAUGUUAUAUGGUAGUUGUGGGGAUAUGAGAGAUGCAAAGAGGGUGUUUGAUGAAAUGCGUGAAAGGGAUGUUGUCUCAUGGAAUACGAUUAUUGGAGUGUUUACAGCCAAUGGGUUUUUCGUGCAGGCACUUCAUUAUUAUAGAGAGAUGAAUUUGGGAAUUGGGUUUAAGCCAAAUCUUGUUAGUGUCAUUAGUGUGUUGCCGGUUUGUGCAGAGUUGGAAGAUGAGCGGAUGGCAAUCCAGAUUCAUUGCUAUGUUGUGAAGGCCGGUUUGGAUCUUCUGGUCACUACUGGAAAUGCAUUGGUUGAUGUGUAUGGGAAAUGUGGGAAUGUGAACGCUUCAAAACAAGUUUUUGGUGAGAUGAUUCAGAAGAAUGAGGUUUCUUGGAAUGCUGCUAUCACUAGUCUCUCUUACAUGGGGCAUAACAUGGAAGCCUUGGCUACAUUUAGAUGGAUGAUUGAUGUAGGGGUGAAACCAAACUCUGUCACAAUUUCUAGCAUGCUACCAGUGUUGGUUGAACUUGCAUUUUUUAGAGUUGGCAAAGAACUCCAUGGUUUCAGUAUAAGAAUGGGUAUUGAAUCGGAUGUCUUCAUUGCCAACUCACUAAUUGAUAUGUAUGCAAAAUCAGGCCGUUCAAAUGUGGCAUCCAAUGUUUUCCAAGAGAUGGAUAAAAGGAAUAUUGUUUCCUGGAAUGCUAUGAUUGCUAAUUUUGGUCAAAACAGGCUUGAGUUGGAAGCCAUUGGACUUGUGAGACAAAUGCAAGGUCAUGGUGAAAUUCCCAACUCUGUCACCUUCACAAAUCUUCUUCCAGCGUGUACUCGGUUGGGUUCCCUUCGUCAUGGAAAAGAAAUCCAUGCAAGGACAGUCCGCAUGCUAUAUGCCUCCGAUUUGUUUGUCUCCAAUGCUCUGACAGACAUGUACGCAAAAUGUGGCCGGCUAGAUGUUGCUCGGAAUGUAUUUAACAUCUCCCUUAGGGAUGAGGUGUCUUAUAAUAUACUAAUAAUUGGCUAUUCUCAAACUAUGGAUUGCUUAGAGUCUCUGAAUUUGUUUUCUGAAAUGAAGCUUGUGGGAAUGAUUCAUGACAUUGUUUCCUUUGUGGGAGUUUUAACUGCUUGUGCAAAUGUAACUGCAAUCAAGCAAGGCAAAGAGAUUCAUGGGUCGUUAGUAAGAAAGCUUUUCCAUACUCAUCUAUUUGUUGCAAACUCACUUUUGGAUUUUUAUACCAAAUGUGGACGAAUUGAUCUUGCUGCUAAGGUCUUUGACCGCAUUCCAAGCAAGGAUGUAGCCUCUUGGAAUACUAUGAUUUUGGGGUAUGGAAUGCUAGGUGAGCUUAACACUGCAAUCAGUCUUUUUGAAGCAAUGAGGGAAGACGGUGUAGAAUAUGAUUCAGUUUCCUAUAUUGCAGUUUUGUCAUCUUGUAGUCAUGGAGGGCUGGUUGAGAAGGGGAAAAAAUAUUUUGAGGGAAUGCAGGCACUGAAUAUAGAGCCGACAGAAAAGCACUAUGCUUGCAUGGUUGAUCUCCUUGGCCGAGCUGGCCUUAUGGAAGAAGCAGUAGAGCUUAUUAAAGGCAUGCCCACUGUACCAGAUGCCAAUAUUUGGGGUGCCUUGCUUGGAGCAUGCCGAAUCCAUGGGAACGUAGAGUUGGCUAGUUGGGCAGCAGACCAUUUGUUCAGGUUGAACCCUGAGCAUUGUGGGUACUAUAUACUUCUUUCAAACAUGUAUGCAGAAGCAGGGAGAUGGGAUGAGGUAAACAGGGUGAGGGAACUGAUGAAAUCAAGAGGAGUGAAGAAGAACCGUGCUUGCAGUUGGGUUCAGGUUCAGGACCAGGUGCAUGCUUUUGUAGUUGGAGAGACUCUGGAGACAUUAAAUUCAGAUAGUUGGAUCGCAGAAUCUUAAUAUGUUUUUGACAUUCAAAUUAAAGUUUGACGGAUUGUGCUGAGAGGAUAGCAAUUUAAACUUUCAAAAAGGAGUUCAAUUCCAUCCAAUGGAUAUUGGCAGAUUGAAGGUGCUUCAUCAGCUCCACCUCAAAAAAUCAACAUCCAAAAUUUUGUGGGAUCACACACUUAAGAGACAGAGAGAGAAAGAAUGGCGACUCUUAGAGUACCAUAUGUGGUUCCUUCUCCAGUGGAAGAUGCUGAACAACUUCGGAAAGCUUUUGAAGGAUGGGGGACAAAUGAGGCGUUGAUCAUAUCGAUAUUGACUCACAGGAAUGCAGCUCAGAGAAAAUUAAUUCAGCAG